UUUUAUCGUAAAGGGAAAAUGAACAUAACUUCCACAUCGUUUUGUACUAUUAAUUCCAUUUAUUCCGAGAUUUGAAUAAUAUUAGAUAAUAGUAAUAUUCUUGUUCAAAAGGUGUAAUCCUUCUGGAGCAAGAGGAACUCUGUCCCAAGUCAAAAUGAAACACAAAAUCCUACAAAAUGGUAAGAUUUGAUUGCACAAUUACAGGGUCUAUAUUUUGCAUAGGCUUCUACAAUGUUGUAGUACUCUGACUUUAUUUCACUUUGAUCUUAUGGGUUGCAUUUUCUUGCAGUCACUGAUGGACGGAUUGUAUUAUUGGACCCUCCAGAAGCACACAGUCUGGGACAUUGUGUGAAGCAAUGUGAAUAAUAUUCAAUUUAAAUUUUCAGGACAUGAAGAAAUGAUGAGUGCUUUAGUGCAGAAACCUUAAUAAAAGCGAUUCUGACAUCAUAAAUUCUCUCUGCUCUCUUUUGAUCAGCAGAGGAUGUUUUUUUUGAUACAUGUCCAAGUCCAACUUCUGAUUGGAUGACUGCCAAAUGUAUUCAUUAUGGUAAGCAGACAGAGCCUUAUAUCAGACAAGACUGUGUAAAAUGCUGAGGCGGGGAAAGUUACUCAACCAGCCUGAAAAGGUAUAAUAUUACAUGGUAUUAUUUGUAAUGAGUUUAUGCAGAGCAAAUGUUGUCUUUUUGCACAUUGAACUGUUAAGUUUUGUUUUUCUUUUGAUUGUUGCUGUUAAUUAAAAAUGUUUUGCAGGAAAACAAGUACAGUAUGGCACCAGAGAUUACUGUCAACGUCAGUGCUGCUGACCACAUACCCCUGUGUUAUGAAUUAGAUAAGAGGUUUUACAUAUUGAUAAACAGUACUUCAACCGUAUGUGUUUUCUUAUAUGUUUUCCUUGGCUGCUUAUCAGUUGUUAUUGUAUGUGGAAAUCUUUUCAUUAUAAUCUCUAUUAUUUACUUCAAGCAGCUCCACACUCCUACAAACUCUCUAAUCCUCUCGCUGGCUGUGGCUGACCUGCUGGUUGGGCUGCUAGUGUUUCCCUUCAACACCAGAUUAACUGUGAGCUUCUGUCUUGAUCGUGGGCAUUUAUAUUGCAAACUACGAAACGCUUUUGAUGUAACACUGAGCACAGCUUCCAUUUUGAAUUUAUGUUGUAUUUCUAUUGAUAGAUACUACGCAGUGUGUCAACCUCUCACCUACAGAGCUAAGAUGAAUUUUCAUGUUGUUGGUACUAUGAUUCUGAUGACCUGGACUGUUUCCGUUGUAGUUUCUGUUUUAGUUUCAGAAUUUAAUUAUGAAAAGUGUGAAAAGUCCUGUCUAAUUGAUAUUUUACUUGCAAAUAUUUUGGGAGUUAUUUUUUCCUUUUAUGUCCCAGUGGUCAUAAUGUUGUGUAUAUACCUAAAGAUUUUCCUUGUUGCACAGAGGCAGGCACGUAGUAUACAGAACAAGAGCUGUCAAAUGAGAACAUUUGGAUCGACUGUGAGUAAGCUGGAAAGAAAGGCCACUAAAACUCUCGCUACUGUUUUGGGAGUUUUUCUCAUGUGUUGGACUCCUUUCUUUCUGUGUGUUAGCUUCCAGCUUUUACACAGUGUCUUGGUGCCAGACUCAGUGUUUGAAACCCUCAACUGGUUUGCAUUGUCUAACUCAAUGCUUAAUCCUUUUAUUUACGCUUUCUUCUACAGCUGGUUCCGAGCAGCUUUCAGAAUCAUUGUUUCUGGAAAAAUAUUUCAAGGUGAUUUUGGUAACACAAAACUGACUUAGCAUAUUGUUUGAAAACCUGAAAUAACACACAGUUAUAACAAACUUAUAAAAUUAUUAACAGUAAAAAUUAAGCCAUUUAUCCCUGCUGUUUGUUUCCAUGUAUUUAAUCAACACAGAGGCUUUUUCCCUUUACUCUUUCUUAAAGGAUCAAUACUUUUGAUGCUAAUGUUAAAAGUAGCUGGAUACAAAAAAUUACUUAGGCUUUUUUUUUACAAAAUUUAUUUGAUUUCUUUAUGCUUUGCAGUUACUCAAUUCUCAGUGAACAGAUAAGGUUUGUCAUAGGUAAUUUAAUGUGCAUUUAUGCAGUUCUGAGCUAAUAAAUUUUGUAUAUAAUAAAUGUAACUGAAGUGUGUUUGAUUGAUCUUGCAUUUGUGCAGCUUAAGUAAAAGAUGAGGUCAAUUAAAAUAAGCAAUUUUAACCAAUGUUGGAAUGUUUGUAAUGUGUGACUGCAACAUGUAUAAACUGCUGGAUGACAAGUAGCAGUUAUUAUUCAUUAUUACUAUUUGUAUUACUAUUUAUGUUUUUAUUAAACAUACAUGUAUACUGUGUAUAUAUACAUAUGUCUCAGGUGACAGCCUAUAUUUAAAAUGUAUAUUUUCAGUUAAUGAUGAUGAAUCUAUUGUGGUUAAUCCUAAAUUAUGACAAAUGUAACGCAAAAGGUUUUGUCUACAGAUCUGAAUAGUAAAUGUAUGAUGCAUUCUGAAAUUUAAAAAGUGUAAAAUAUGCAACU